AUGUAACUUACGGCGUCAGAACAGAGCUCGGAACUUACUGUAAGUGCGAUUAGACACAGGGAACAGAAAAGAUGUACACUUUGUAAUAAAAUAUUCAGACAAAAAGCAGAGCUGAUCGACUAAAAUCGGAUGGAACAAAGGUAAAACAGCGUCUCUACAACCGAAGCGGUGAGAACCUAUUUAUCAUGCACAACACCGGAAAGCGCUCCCGUUUUGUUUCUCCAAUAAAGACCGAGAUGUGAACUGCAGCGAAUUUUCUGCAACCGGAUUAUUUUAUUGUUUAAAAAAAAGUCUCGAUGUUUAGUUUCGGCACGAUUUUCGAGAAGCUCAUGUAAGUAUAUCACAGCUGCUGCCUGAACUGACACUUCACCUUCCACAGCUCGACGCACCCGCUUCUCCUCCCUCAAAGCUUUUGUUAUAAACGACUGUGGGCAGCUGUAUUUCGCCUUGCGUUUACACGGAAAAUCAGUGUGACAUGGAGCAUCUGGAGUGUCCCAUAUGCCUGUUUCUUCUGUAUGAACCGGUGACGAUGAGUUGCGGUCACAGUUUCUGCCGCCGGUGCAUUGUGGGGACGUGUGUGCCGUCCAGAUGCCCAACCUGCAUGGAGAGACUAAAGCAGAGGGACGCAAAGAACACAAAAAACAACGUUCUGCUCUUCUGUAUUAUUGAGAAAUAUUGUCCCGAGGAAACCAAGGCGACCUGCGAAAUACAGGAAAUGUUAAGAGCUCAAGAGUUUACCAAAGCACUACGUAUGGCUGAAGAGAGGAUAGAAGCAGCUCCUGAUGAUUUGAGUCUGAAAACGUGGAGAGCUGAGGCCAACAUGGGGCUUCAGUGCUUUUCCAAAGCUCUCCAAGACCUGGAAGAAUUGUGCUCUGCCAGACCCAACUGGGCUGAGGCUUAUUUCCGGAAAGGGAAUGUGCUGCUGGAGAUGGGGAGACUGACUGAAGCUCUCAUGCAGUUCCAUCACUGUCUGAAAGAACAACCUGAGUUUGCUGCUGCUAAGAACCAAAUUAGAAAGAUCUUGGAGAUGGAGGGUAUGGCCACACCAGAGGAGGUUCCCCAGAUCCUACAAAUUGUGGACGACUACCUUCGAGACUGCAGUUCUCAAAAUAAUAAAUCAGGUUCUCUACCCACUAAUGGCCUGAAGUUACCCUGGAACCAAGUGGACGUAAAGUUAAACUGUGAACAGACUACAUCCAAAAUCAAGCACAACUCCAGUACAACCGAGUGCUGCUUAAGCUUUCGCCAGCCUGAGUCUUUCUUUUCCACAGCCCAGGAGAGUGAAGAGCUGAUGAUAAAGAAGGAGGAUGUACCAAUGAGAGCAGACCGGGAGAUGUCCCCCCUGACUGUGUCUGACUUUGAGUGCCCCCUCUGCUUCAGGCUGUUCUAUGAUCCGGUUACAACACCAUGCGGCCACACAUUCUGCAAGAACUGUAUUGAGAGAAGUCUCGACCAUAAUCUCUGCUGUCCACUCUGUAAACAAGCACUGCAGGAAUUUUUUAAGAAUAGGAAGUACAACCCCACAGUCGUGCUGCAGGAGAUUAUGACCCGCCUCUUCCCCCAGCAGCUGGCUGAAAGGAAACAGGUGCAUGAUGCUGAGAUGGCUGAGCUUUCUAAUUUGACCAAAGACAUCCCAAUCUUUGUCUGUACUGUGGCCUACCCUGGAAUCCCGUGCCCACUGCAUGUAUUUGAACCACGCUACAGGCUGAUGAUGCGCCGAUGUAUAGAGACCGGCACCAAGAAAUUUGGCAUGUGCAGCUAUGAGCAUGGCAAAGGGUUUGCAGAUUAUGGAUGCAUGCUGGAGAUUCUGGACCAGAAUGUGCUCCCUGAUGGCCGUUCUUAUGUGGAAACAGUGGGAGGAAGCCGAUUCCGUGUGCUCCGGAGAGGCCAGCGGGACGGCUACCAAACAGCUGACAUUGAGUACCUCCAAGACCAUAAGGCACAUGAUGCUGAGCUUGAAAUGCUGCAACGCCUCCAUGACAGUGUGUAUCAGCAGGCCAGGGAGUGGUACCAAAGACUCAACAGCCGCAUCCUGGAGCAGAUCAACCGCCAGUAUGGAGACAUGCCUGAGAGAGAAGAUAACAUUCAGGCAUCUGCUGACGGUCCGGCCUGGUGCUGGUGGCUGCUGUCUGUGCUGCAGUUAGAUCCAGCCUACCAGACUACAGUACUGUCCCUUACCUCACUGAAGGACCGAUUAGGACAUCUGCGCAUUGUACUGGAGUACUUUUCUCAGAGAUAAAACACACACACACACACACACACACACACACACACACACACACACACACACACACACACACACACACACACACACACACACACAGAGUACCUUCCAUUUAAAUCUUUGAAAAUGCAGCUUAUUAAUGUAAUAAUGCUACUGUAUGUCUGCACCUAACCUUAACCACAAAAACCAAAAGAAAACUUUUUGGUUGUUUUGGCUUUUUUUAAUUAAAGCUGCAGAUUUACAUAUUUGGUGUUCAUCAAAUUAGAAAAUCAUGUUUGCACACGCUCAGAAAUACGCACAAACACACAAAAACAUGCACUCAAUUUGUGUCUUUCUUAUACUGCCUUAGAGAAAAAUCACAUUUUUGCUGUAAUGGUUAGUGUGUGUAAAAGGUUUAUGGCUUUUGUAUACUGAGUUUCCAAAUACAUUUUGAUUGAUUUGC